AUGCAUUUCUUGGAAGAAGCAAUUGUCCUCGACAGGCGUCUAGUACAACGCCUCGGUAGCUCGAAGCUACGAUGCAUCAGCCGGCGCAUCGAAACUCUUCUGUUGAGAGACGCCGCAGAUAUCAACGGAUUCAACCCGCCAAGAGCGCUACGAUGUAGCAUCGCGUUCUUCAUCGCGGCCGAGAAUGUGCUCGUGACCGUGAUUCCUUGGAGCGAUGAAGCCAUAUCGGCGCGGUCCAUGGCGUCCCAAGCUGGUCGGCUGUGCUUCAUGAACAUGCUGCCACUCUGUUUGCUUGUCAUCCCGGGCAACGGUUUCCUCCCGAGAGUCAUCAGGCAGUGGCGUCAUACACGUCAUAGCAUCGCUCUGUUUGCUUCCAAGUCCGGCCACGAGUUCAUGGACAACGGGAUCGACGGUAGGAAACACGAUUGA